AUGGCCGACCGCUUUGCAGCCCUGAAGCCGUACUUCCCCAAGCUUGGGUCGCCGCAGACCUCGAACCCGGACAAGACGGAGCUCUCAUAUGAGCCCUGUCCUAACGGCGAUGGCAAGAGCGUGUACAACCCUCCGCGCGAGGGACGUUCGCACCACUAUGAAGCUCUCUACAAGGGCGAGAAGGAGGGAAGCGGCGAGAAGCCCUGGUGGGACUUCCACGUCUACCAUCUCCCUCUGAACCCGAACCACGUCAAGUAUGCACAGGAGCUGUACGAGGCCGUGCGCCGCGAGUUCCCAGAGCUGCGCGUGUACCGCCCGCUCGGUCCCCACCCGAUCCCCAUGUUCGAGGUGAACGUGUUCAACCCUCUGCAGCUUGGCGCGCUCAUGUCGUGGUUUGUCCAGAACCGCGGGCCGUGUUCUGUCCUAAUCCACCCCAACACGGGCGACGAUGUGAAGGAUCACACCACCAAUGGCACCUGGCUGGGGGAGAAGGUGCCGCUCGAUGUCGAUCUGCUCCGUGCCGUGGACGCAAUGCAGGCCGAGAAGAAGGAAGGGCAGUAG